ACAGCAAUUUCGGUUUUUAAAACUUAUUUACCAUUAAAGUUGCUGGUCAGCGAUAAAAUUUGAAGGCCAUAUUGCAUUCAAGGCUGCUACCUCCACUCUAUAUAUACAAGUAUCUUGCCAAAUUAGCUUAUUCGAGUGCAAAGUGGGCUUUAACAUCGUUGAUUAAUUGAUCAAGAAACAAAGAGAGGGUAAAAAAGAGUUGGUGAGAACUUGGAGGAAGCCAGGAAAUGGAGAAAGCUAUCUUCAGACAAAAAGUUUUGCUGGAACACCUGCAACCCACUUCUUGCUUUUCUCAUCAGCUGACCCAUGAAGAAUCUUCUUCAAUUUCUCCGUCAAUUUGUCUGGCGGGGGAUAGUGCUGCUUACCAGAGGACAGCUGCUUUUGGAGAUGAUGUAGUCAUUGUAGCGGCAUAUCGGACUGCGAUAUGCAAAUCAAAACGUGGUGGCUUCAAAGAUACCCUUGCGGAUGAUUUACUCGCUCCAGUUCUGAAGGCCUUGAUCGACAAGACAAAUAUUAACAAGCGAGUGGUGGGGGAUAUAGUUGUGGGCACUGUUGUAGCUCCAGGUUCACAAAGAGCAACUGAAUGCAGGAUGGCAUUCUAUGCUGGUUUUCCUGAAACUGUGCCCAUCAGAACUGUCAAUAGACAAUGCUCUUCUGGCCUCCAGGCAGUUGCUGAUGUUGCUGCAUGCAUUAAAGCUGGUUUCUACGACAUAGGGAUUGGGGCUGGGUUAGAGUCAAUGACCACUAAUUCCAAUGUUAGCAUCCAACAAGCUAAUCCACGAGUAAGCUCAGUUCCACAAGCCCGGGACUGUCUUCUCCCUAUGGGCAUUACUUCUGAAAAUGUUGCAGAGCGGUAUGGGGUAACACGGCAAGAACAAGACCAGGCUGCUGUUAUGUCUCACAAGCGUGCUGCUGCAGCAACUGCAUCUGGUAAAUAUAAAGACGAAAUCAUCCCAGUUUUCACCAAGAUCAAGGACCCUAAAAAUGGAGAGGAGAAGCCAGUUACAGUUUCAGUGGAUGAUGGCAUUCGGCCAAGCACAAACUUGACAGAUCUGGCAAAGUUGAAACCUGCGUUCAAGAAAGAUGGAACUACAACUGCUGGGAAUGCUAGUCAGAUAAGUGAUGGAGCAGGUGCAGUUCUUCUGAUGAAAAGGAGUCUAGCAAUGGAAAAGGGGCUUCCAAUUCUUGGAAUAUUCAGGAGCUUCUCCGUUGCUGGAGUGGACCCUGCAGUGAUGGGAAUAGGUCCAGCAGUUGCAAUUCCAGCUGCGGCAAAGUCUGCUGGUCUUGGAGUUGAUGACAUUGAUCUGUUUGAAAUAAAUGAGGCAUUUGCAUCGCAAUACGUAUAUUGCUGCAAGAAACUGGAGCUUGACAUGGAAAAAGUUAAUGUGAAUGGAGGAGCAAUGGCUCUUGGACAUCCUUUGGGGGCUACAGGUGCUCGUUGUGUUGCAACUUUAUUACAUGAGAUGAAGCGAAGGGGCAGGGACUGCCGUUUUGGUGUGAUUUCCAUGUGCAUAGGUUCUGGAAUGGGGGCUGCAGGUGUAUUUGAGAGAGGUGAUUCAACAGAUGAUCUUUGCAAUGCUCGACCGGUCAGCAAAGUUAAUCUUUUAUCCAAAGAUGUCAAAUGAACAUCUUUCUUUCUUGAUGCUUUUGCGGCAUUUGAAGCAUGGUAAUCAAAUACGAUGCUGUCUUCUGUUGACAGCAAAUUGUAACGACAUGCGAUACAUUAUGGUAAUUUUUUUUUUUUAAUUCGUAAAAAAAGGAAGCAUUUCGAUUUUCUACAUGUUACAUGAGAUCCUUCCAGCUAGUUUGGGAGUUUAAGGGGUGGGAGAAGAGGAGACAAAUAUCCCAUGAAUGCAUUUUCAGACGACA